AACACUGGAGUGAAGGUGAGGCAGAAAUACCUGCUGGAAUCACCGACACUAUGUUAACAGCUCCAGAUUUUGUGACUGACAAUGAACGUCAGUAUAUUUUAAAUAUUGCACCUGGUGAGGGUAAUAGGCCUGUAAGUAUAUUUAGGGAUAAAUAUUCAGAGGAAUUAGCAUAUCCUGGCAUAUUUCUUGGACAGAAGCAUCCAGACAAUAGUACUAGAUUAAGGGAUGUUCAUUAUAGUGAGAUUUGCAAAUCAGAAUUAAGAAGGUCUGACCGCAGGGCUACAAUGUGUAUAGAAAAUUUUUUUUUCUAAACUAAGAAAUUGCAAAUGAAAAUUUUGCUCGGGCAAUCACAAGUUGCAUUACGAAAAUGUCAACAAAUAGUAACACAAUCACUGCCGGUCAACUGAAACAACCAGGAGCAAUUGAUAACAUAGUUCACCAUGAUCAAGUGUUUAAAUUUUUAAGAGCUCUGAGGGGCUCACCUCCAUAUUUUUAAGAAGCAAAAAAGGAUAUAUUUGCAAUGAUAAGGCAGUUAGGACCCGCUUCAUUAUUCUGUAGUUUCUCUUCUGCAGAAACACAGUGGAUUCAUUUACUCAGGAUACUUGGUAAGCUUAUUGAUAAAAAACAAUACACUGACAAUGAACUUGAAAACCUCAAUUGGGAAGAUAAAACAAGGUUGAUUCAGGGGGAUCCAGUAACCAUGUGCUAGGCACUUUGAUUAUCAAAUAAACCAGUUCGUACAAAACUUUCUUUUAAGUAGUACUGCACCUCUGGGGAAAAUUGCAGACUGGUUCUAUAGGGUUGAAUAUCAGAAAUGCUCCUACUUUUGGGGAAGAUUCUGAUUGUGAUGUUGUUUCAUUCAUUGACAACAUCAUAACAUGUGAAAAGCCAACUGAGAAUCCAGAGUUACUUGCACUUGUAAACAGACAAGUUCAUCGUCAUUCUCACACAUGUAGAAAGAAAUCCAAAAGCGUGUGUCGUUUUGAUUACCCACAGCCACCUAUGAGGUCAACCAAAAUUAUAUAUCCAUUAGAUAUUGAUAUGGAUGAUAAUGAAGUUGAUCAACAUAAAGAUACUUGGAAAUUUAUAAAGAAACAUCUGAAUGAUAUGAAAAAGGGUGAGGACAUUACAUUUGACCAGUUGCUUAUAAAUCUUAAACUCACAGAACAAAACUAUUUGCUAGCUGUUCAAUCUAGUCUCAAGACACCAACUAUAUUUUUGAAAAGGAAACCGAAUGAACUAAGGAUCAAUAAUUAUAAUGCCUGCAUGUCUCAGUGCAUGGCAUGCAAAUAUGGACAUUCAAUUUGUACUUGA